GCGUUCGCGAAUGCUCUUGUGCUCGGAUCAUUCUCUUAGUGGAGCACUCAGUGCGCUGCAAGCGCUCCGAGACUGCGUGUCGACUUUACGACCUCGAACGAAGAAACGAGGGAUUCGCGAAAAUUCAUCUUUUCAAUUGCAAGCUACAAAUGUGAAAAUGAAUUUUUCAACGCGGGAACGCCGUACAAAGACUCGAAACGGAUCGUAAGAAAUUUUUCAGCGAAUCGAAAGUCCGCUUCGGGCUGGCGGGAUCGAAUUUGCGCGAUUCGCCCGGCUAAAAAAAGAAAACAAACGAGAUAGCGGCACUCGAGUAAAAUUCUGAACGAAGAUUCGGGGCAAAGUGAUAUAUCGACGGGCGUGCGACGAUAAUUUUAGAACGAAACCUUUCGUCCGGUUCCAGGUGCCAACAAAACGACAAAGAGACGUAUGAACGAACGAGUAAGGUGUAAGCGUGAUUAAAAAUUGCAUCGCGUCAAGGAAGCGAGGGACACGAAGCGUCUCUCGAAUCAUCGGUGAAAAACAGCGCUCGAAGAAUCUUGCAAAGUUCGAAAGUGUAGCCUGUGUUUGAAGAUAUCGCUGCUGGUGCAACGACGAAGCAAUAUAUACGGGAUAUCAGGAAGAAACUUUUUCGAAGGUGCGAAAAUGGAACACAGAUACGCGGCUGUUUUAAAAUAUCAUAUCGUCGCGAUAUCACCACCGCUUUUCCAAUCAAAAUUUCCUCAUGAUUAAUAUUGCGCCUAACUAUUCCCACGUUCCUACGCCUACAGUCAUUUCUAUCAAUCUUCGCUCCCUCCGACGAUGCGAUUCGCGAUGUGUUUAAGUAGGUAUAAGCAGACUCGGUGUCGUCGUUCGAGUAUCGAGUGUCCAAAUAUCAAAGCUCGAGCCUCUUAGCAAGCCGUUGCUCCGAAAAGGCGUUUUCCCUCGUUACGGAUAACCGACCCUUUUUCGAUUAUCAAGUCUGCUCGCUAUCUAGAUCGAAAUCGCGGUAGAAAUUAAUUACUAGCGUCUCGAUAACGUUUCUCGAUAACGUUCCACUUGACCACCUUUUUCUACCAGUACUCAUUCCGCUAGGAUUCGUUGGAAUUCGUUCGAUUCCUUCGCUUGUUCGUUCGGACUUUGUCUUGCGGUUAUGGCGAGUGUAACUUCGGUCAAUCGCAUAAAAAUCGCCGGGUUUCGUGAAAAGUCAAUCAUUCUUUCACGGAGACGUUUUAAUUGUGGUGGACGAAUGACAAACUAGCGAGAUACUAAGUGUCACGUUUCGAAGAGUUUUGCUAUGGAAAAAGAAUCGCUCGCAACCACCGGAAGAAAGAAACCGUAUGUUUCCAUACGGUAUAGCAUCGACACGUUAAUUACAGUUUUAUGAAUUUUGUUGGCGAUUCAAACUCGGAAACAGAACGGAUCCGGAUCGGUGAUUAAUAGAAGAAUCGAUUUCCGUCGAGGCAAAACAAUGGCCGAGCAAAGUUUGUUUCAACGAAGGGGCGAAUCAAAUGUAAAUUGCACGGCAUUGCGCGACGCGGAACUAUUUCACCAGCGAACACGAAAUUACAUUUUAGCGGGAAUCAUCGUCACAGAAGCUGUGCUUUCUCGUUCGUCUCGCCUUUUGCAAUGGCCGAUAAACCGCGAGACAGUUACUUCUGACUGAUUUUUUCCAGUUCUCGAAGAAAUUGAUAAUUUCAACGUGUCGCGUCGAAUUUCAAUGAACCCGGGAUUGCCAUAUAGCAGAACGGUUCGAUUAACGAAGAACGAAUUCGUGUGAAAUCUGGUGAAAUCACAGAAGAAAGCGGCAAAGUCGAGGCGUCGGGAUGCAAAGAAGAACGGUAAAGGGGAAUUCGAUAAUACCGUGAUCCCUAUGGCGAGUAGCAAUCGCAGAGGGAUAAACUCGAUUAUCUCGGCUUCCCGAACAGCGAUCAUUCUCACGAUCUCACACGGAAGAGACACAAAAAGAGAUCGUAGCCUCGAGGACCAAUCGAUCGCGUUAACGCGAAACGACCGUCCAAAGAAAACCGCUUCGAUACCACGAUAUUGCGAUAAGGGACGAACGGAUGGCAACAAUCUACCCGUUUGACCUUCCCACUUUUUCUCAAGAGGCAAACAGAAGAACCCGAGAAAGUCCGGGUUCAACGGGAACAAUCAUAAUCGACUUUCGAAGCAAACGAUUUCAGAUCCCUUGGACGUCGUCGACCGCCAAGGGAAUCGCAUUACGUCUAUCGAAAGAAAUUAAACUUACGAUUAUCUACGUGGACGAAGAGCGCGUACAGCGAUGAUAAUUCGCCUCGUGAACAGACAUGCAACGCGAACGAAGAGUAAGAGUGAAACGUCCGAGAUAGCGGUGAUUUUAAUCGACGAAGCUAACAAAGUGGAACGAUGCAGUUAUCAAAUACUCGAUAGAAACAUUGUUUCAGCGAUUUCAACGUAAACCAGUAGAUCUCCUUUAAGUACAAGACAUAGAGAAGCAAAGUUUGCAAGAACUUUUAUACAGAACGGUGUGCAAGUUCUCGUUCGAGCGAACGAUUUAACGUACGGUCUUGUUCGUUCCAUUGUGAUCGAAAGAACUCGACUUGUCCCGUAUUGGUUAAGCUUAACAGCAGCUCUUUCCCACUAACAAAUUUUAAUCGGUCUCGUACAGCGAAUAGAAUUUCGCGAAUCUUGGCACGUCGGCAGCCAGAAGGAAACGCGAUGUACGUAUCUAUACACCCCAAAAAUCGAUGAAAGGAAGGACACGCUGCAGCAUCUGACGAUAAUCUCCGAGACGCGCGUGAUCGCGGACACGCAUCGACUUGCGACUCUGAUUCCUUUUACGUACAUUCCCGCGAUUCAUCCUAUGAUUCGCUCUCACACGCGAUAGCGACGAUUGUUAGUCACCGCGAGAGUCGAUUAAUUAUGUCACGGUUUCACGAUAUGCAAAUACGCGCAUCUGGAUGCGCGGGCUGAUACGUCGCCAUUCACCCAGGGAUUAGCGGAGUUCCCCUUCGAUAGAAGACUUUUCCAAUUACAUUAAUACCCGAUGAUACCGUCGAACAAAACAGUUCUCAAGUGGAAACGACCGACAUUGCUCAAUUUAAUUCGUAGCCGUAAUUAUUUAUAACUAUUGGAUUCCUAGAAAUAGAAAACUGGAAAUAGGGAGACGAGUAUCAAACUGUGAAAUUAUAAUAUAUCGCAGAUGUACACACAAGAAAUUAACAAAACUGUCAUGAAGAUCAAGCAAAUCGAAUUAGAAUCGAUACUGUUUCAGAACACACGAGAACGAUACGAAACUAGAUAACACUUUGGGAUCUCGAUAAAAUAUUCGUCAUGUUACCAAAACUAUUAGUUCUCGGCUCUCACAAGGUCAAAAGGUAGUGAGAGUCGAAUUAAAAUAAUAAUAAGACGAACGUAUUAAGAUUACGUACUGAAGAAUUGAAUCGAACAUAAGCUUAAAUCGUUCGAAGCAAAGUAACAAAGACAAAUUCAUUCCCGAGUGAAUCUUCUCCUGAAAGAAAAAUCUACAGUGAAAAAACGAUCUAAUUUCAUAGGUACUGAUAUGUAUAUAAGUGAUAAAGACAAGAAAUAUUUUUGAAGAGUGAAGCAUGAGAUUGAAAGGAAAUAAAGAAAAAGACUGAUGAAGAAUCGGGUGAAAAGAGAAAACGAAGAUACUUGAAAACGAUGGAAACAAGCCUAAAAAUUUUCAACAGCACCAGUUACUACGAUGCUGGACAAUUAUUGGAAAAUUUAUCGAUUAAAGAGACCACGAGAGAACCACUCGAAUGUAAACAAGAAAUCAAUUCGAACGGUCUGUUUGAUUUCAUUAUCUAUGGCGUGCUGAUGAACCUGAUCGGUCUUUUUGGGAUAUUCGGUAACGCGAUUUCGAUGAUCAUUCUCUCGAGGCCGCAAAUGAAAUCGUCCAUCAAUUACUUGUUAAUUGGCCUAGCCAGAUGCGACACCGUCUUAAUUAUCAUUUCGAUAUUAAUUUACGGCUUACCUGUUAUUUACACGUACACUGGCCAGCUGUUCGACUACAAGUUCAUCGUGCACCCGAAGAUAGUCCGAUUCUUGUAUCCAUUAUCAUGCGUAGCGCAAAUAGCAACGGUGUACUUGACUCUAACUGUGACUCUAGAGAGAUAUAUCGCAGUAUGUCAUCCUUUACAAGCUAGGUCUUUUUGUACAUACGGACGAGCUCGAGUAGCUGUAUUGGCUAUCGUGCUAUCUUCCUUUCUUUACAAUCUACCAAAAUUUUGGGAGGUAGAUUACUAUGCGGAAGUUCAUUGGAAGUACAAUGUUACUAUAUACUGCAUAUAUCCGGCAGACUUGAGACGCAACGACUUGUAUGUCACCAUUUACGUCCACUGGAUGUAUUUCUUUAUUUGUUACCUGUUUCCCUUUCUUGCUUUGGUGAUAUUCAACGCUGCCAUUUACCAAAGGGUGAGAAAAGCAAAUAGAGAUUUGCAACAGCUUUCUCGACAUCAAAGACGCGAAAUCGGACUAGCAACCAUGUUGCUUUGCGUGGUGAUCGUUUUCCUAAUCUGUAACAUCCUACCGCUAGCCUCAAACAUUCACGAGACCUUCUUCAGCGAUCCGCCACAUUGGUUGGUGCAGACAGGCAAUCUUCUCGUGACAAUUAAUAGUAGCAUCAAUUUCAUUAUCUACGUGAUCUUCGGUAGGAAAUUCAAAAGGAUAUUUUUGAAGCUGUUUUGCAAUUCAAAGUUAUUCCGACCUGGCAGAGACAGUCCAGAAUUUCAAACUUACGACGAGUCGAUCGUUACCAAUAUGACCAAUAUAGAAUUAAGGAACUCUAUCAGACAUUAUCACGUAAACAGAUCGAGUACUAUCAACAGGAAUAACAAUGUCUCGAAUGGCAGUAUGCGACAAAGCGUGAAAAUAUCAGCAAGACCAGCCAGUCCAGGACCUUGUGUGUAUUAUCCUGCAAGGAGCCCUGUCAGAAGCCCUAGUCAGAUCUCCGCAACAUCAAGUACACAGAAUGGAUGGAGUAAAAAAGAUGUAAAUUCUUCUUUGUAAUAAAUCUUAAAUAUUUAAUCUAAUCGCAAUAAGUCGACGAUCAUUCGUGAAUAACAAUGAAUAUCUUUUGUGCACCAAACAAGAUGAAAUAAGAAAAUCUUUUUGUACAAAAAUCAUUCAAAUUGAACGUAAUCAGAUAAGCUUGAAAAUAUUGGUGUUUAUCUGUCUUGCUAGUUAAUUUUCGGACAAAAAACAGCAUCGAUAUUGUAAAUUUAUUCUCAUAUGUUAUUAAAUAUUAAUUCAAUCUCUUGAAUUAUUUCAAUUUUUAUUUAAGUUUUACGUACACUUGUUAUCUUUCUUCUUCUUUUUUUUUACAGUUACCAUCGAUAAAAUAAUUUACACAUACUUAUUUUUAUAAAGACUUUAAUAUCAUAUAAUAAUCACAGAUAUUUCAGAAAUGCGAUGCAUUUUGUCACAGAUUUCAUACAACUGCUUCAUAAUGUACAUAUUGUAUACGAGACAUUUUAUCAUCGUAAUGAAUAUACAUUACUUAAAUAUGUGUAAAAGGUCAUCAUUCUCCGAAGUUUGAUGCGCGAAUUAGGAAGAAAAUAAUAAAAUUUGAAAAAACAUAUUUUUCGACUAUUAGACAAACAAAAGAUAUUCAGUAACAAGAAUAUUGUUGAAAAAACAAAACAUAAAUCAGUACGUGUUUACUUGUUACAAAACGUAUAAAAGAAGUGAUUACCUUAUACAAGCAUAAAAUUAUUUCUUAUAAGUAACUGAUAUAUAUAUAUCAGUUACGAAAUAAUUUUAUAUUGAUAUAUAUAUAUAUAUAUAUAUAUAUAUAUAUUAGUUAUGAAACGCAUAUAUAUGUAAAAAGGCAUUCUCGCGUUGUUGUAAUUCACAAAAAUUUUAGCAAGUUGUAAAUAUACUCAAACUAUUUUGAUAUGUUUAAAUAGAGACUUAUAGGUGAGACUUAUUUUUGUUGUAUAAGUUAUAUCUAUAAUGUCCACUAUCUUUUCUGAAAACAGGCAUUGAAAGAGAAAUGACCAAAAUAAGAUCAACGUUCCCCAUUACUCCUAUUCUUAUAAAUAAGCUGAAUUUAUUUGUAAACAAGAAUCAAAAAUUUACGCAAAUACAGUAUUAUCAACAUUUCUUCAGCACUGCUUACACUGCUUGAACGAAUGUAAAUAAUAUCCAAAUACGAUAGGAAUAAAAUUUCACUCGAUUUUGUAUCUUGAAAAGGGUAAAAAAUAGAUAAAUAUUUAGAUCGCGAAACGAUUCGGUUAUUUCGAAACGUCAUUUAUAAUAGAAUACUUGGAUGUGUAUAACCGAAACAUUGAAACACAAAAAUAUUGUAUUCGUUAUAGCUCACUUAUUAUUCUAAGAUGCUAAGGUGUAUUAUACUGAUCAAAAAAAUAAAAACAUUCAUAUAUGUAAUAAUUAAUAUUUAUGUUUGUCAUAUAACGGUCUUCCCUCCGUGUAAAAUAAGCACGUUAUUCACUUCAUUGAAAUCUUUUAUCUCAUAACUAAAAAAGUAUGCCUGUAUUUUUAUUUUUUUAGAUCUAUACCUUAGUACUUUAGAAUGGAAUACAAACAUGUACCUGAAAUUAUUUACUAUGAGUAGAUCGUUUAGAUUCUUUUAUAUUAUGUCGCAAUAAUUCUUCUGUGAACUUCGAUAUACUUUUGUUAAGAAUAUUUCAUGUAAAAGGAGAUAUACAUGUUAUCAAUAUAUUUCGUUCUAUUAUUUC